AUGAAUUUCAAAGAUAUGCUCGAUAGAGUGCAUAUGUCAUGCAUCGAAGAUGGAGCUCUCGAUCUGAGUCAACAAAUAAUUGAACAAAUAAUUAUUUUGUUUUCCUCCGGCUCUUUGGCGGCCGGUGAGGCCGUUUUCUUCCAUCAUGGAGGGGGUCAUGAUGUUUUUCCCCCUCUUCCUGGUUCUUCUGUUCUUGGUUCUCCUCCAAGUAAGCCGCAAGUCUCCUAUGCUCAAAAUCUCGCCAACCCCUCAGCUAAUACCAUCGAUUUCCCUAUGUCUUUUGUCUCUCCGUCCAAAAAACUUUCGUUCAAAGCGGUAGAUUUUACGGAAGGAGCGAAUAUCUGGACUCAUUCUCUGGUAGGCUAUUCCAUUGGGCAACGCCCUAAUUAUGAACGUCUUCUAGCGGCUAUGAACAAGCUUUGGGUUCUCAAAGGCUCAUUCUCUUUACUGUCUAUGGCGGAUGGUUUCUUCCUCCUGAAAUUUACGUCUGCGGAGGAUAUGGAGUUGGUUUUCUCAGGCGGUCCGUGGUUCCUGCUAGGUAAGCCUUUUAUCUUACAAAAAUGGAACCCGAAAUUUAAACCUAAUAGGGAUGAGGAUGCUGCAAUUCCCAUCUGGAUCAAAAUUAUGGAUCUUCCACUUGCUUUAUGGACACCCUCAGGUAUUUCUAAGAUUGCGAGUUACAUUGGUGUGCCUUUAUCUGUUGAUACUCUCACUGCCAGAAGAACUAGACUUACUUUUGCUAGAGUUUGUGUCCAUAUCACUAAGAAUUCCUUAUUGCCGGAGGUCAUUCCUAUUGAUAUGGAUGGGGAAGACAUUAACUUGAAGGUGGUUUAUGAUUGGAAGCCUACUCCUUGUGAAGGUUGCGGUUCCUUAUUUCAUCCUUUUGCCCCCUGCUCCUCUAAUCCUGAUCCUAAGCAGAUGGUUCCUUCGAAGGUUUUGCGUGGUCGAAGCCGCAGCAGGAAUCAUGCGGCGCGUCCUCUCGGUAACACUUCUAAACCUCCUAUUUCUACCUCCAUGAAUCCUUCUCCUGCUUCUCUCCCCACCAAUUCACAAGUCAUUAUUAUCCCUUCUUCUGAGAAUGUUCCUACCUCCUCUCCUUCUCCUGUUAUUCCUAAAGAUCCUUCUUCCUCCCAUAUUGCUGAUAUGGGAAUUGUUCCCAAUUUGAACCUACCCAACGUUGAUACUUCAAUCCCUAACACCUCCUCUUCUUCUAAAGUACUGCUUCCUUCACAAGUUAUCCUCACUAAUAGUUUCUCUACUCUCCUCACGGAUUCUCUUCCGGCUAAAGACAGAGAUGAUGAGGAGGUUCCAGAAGAGGAGGAUCUCUCUUCUUCGCAUACGGUGGAAUCCAAUCAUCAGAAAUCCUCUGGUUCUUCUUCCACUAACGCCUCUGCCAAAAAAGUUAAGUCUCCUCCGAAAAAAACUAAAGCCAAAAACACUACCAAAAAGGCAAAAAACCCUCGUUAG